CCAUCAUUUUGCAUCUGGAUUUUACUUCGCUGCAAAACAAUCUCGUUCGAUCUGUAAACAAGUAUCAUCAACUUUAAGCAAGAUGAAGUUUGCUCUGGCCCUGUGUGCCAUGCUAUGUGCGUAUGGCUGGUACGGUGUCAUCUCAGUUCCUUUCGGAGCAGACCAGUCCAAGAGAGCCGAUGAAACAGCUGAAGCGGAGUUCAAGCGUGAUCAGCAACAUGAUUCUGAGAGAGCAGCAGAACUAAGACAGGCUCAGGAAAAUUCAGACUUUGGAACAGAUAAGAGAGGCGACGAAGGGGCAGAGGCGGAGUUCAAGCGUGAUCAGAAUGCUGAAAAGAGAGGAGCUGGGGACAGCUUUACAGAUUUUGAGGCUGAUAGGGUGGCGAAGCGAUCAUCGAAUGCUGAAAAGAGAGGAGCUGGGGACAGCUUUACAGAUUUUGAGGCUGAUAGGGUGGCGAAGCGAUCAUCGGGAGAUGCUUCGGCCGAGUGUAAGAAUACAUCCGUGAAUAUUGCGCGACUAUGGGGUUCCACGAUCGAAUAUGCCUUCGCAGCAGACGAAAUUAAAACUGAUGUAGUGAUCUCCGCCAUAGACGGAUUAGAACAAGUUCUAGGCGAUCUUUUCACAUUUGUGGACAUCACAGACCAGGUUGGAGCUGGAUGCCAAAACUCUUAUGAGAAUCAUUACAUCUGUAUUAAGAAUGAUGGCCAAGGGUGCUAUUCUUAUAUUGGAAAAACAGGCGGAGAUAAACAAGUUCUAAUGCUUCAAAAGAAUAAUUGUGAAAACAAAGUUGUUAUCCAGCACGAAUUUAUACACGCACUGGGAGCGUACCAUGAACAACAAAGAGAGGAUGCCCCAAUUCAUGAGACAUUAAAUAGGGAUAAUAUCAAGGACGGUAAGGUAGGCAACUUCGAAGAAAAAAUCUCAGCUGCCCUCUGUACAGAUUGUCCAUUCUCGAUGUGCGAUGCAAUGCACUAUAGACCAAAGGCAUUCUCUAAGAAUGGUAGUCCCACUCUUGAAGCCAAUGAUCCGGGUCAAAGUCCAAUGCAGGGUCAACAGAAUGAGAUCAAACCAGGAGAUAUCUGUGUUGUCCAUAGCCUCUACCAAGGUCAACUUCAACAACAUCAAUGCGCCAACAGUGGAACAGAAUGCUGGUAUGGAACUGGUGUGACACCCUUUGGAUUUGAAUGCUGCUAUUGUCCACGAAAUUUGGGAGGAGAAAAAUGUCAAACAUUUGUUAAGCACGGACAGGGGGAUAAGCACUACGAACUUUCCGGAGCGGGAGAUACCGCAACUGUUACAUCACAGGACUCAGCAAAAUAUGGUCUGAAUCAAUACAUAACCUACUUUGUUACGGUAAGAUUCCCCUUCUUUGUUUAUCCAGUACUGCACAAACAAGAAUAGGAAGGAUAUUAUGGUAGCAAAUUAUGUUGUCUCAAGAUGAAGGGGAAAAUGUAUAGCUAUUGUUCUUCUAAAUCUUCCUUGAGCCCUUACAAGGUGGAUAUUUGCGCUAUAUAAAUACCCUAUCUGUAGAUUGUACACUGUUAUACUAGAGAAUGUAUAUAAAACCUGGAACAUCUCAUCACAACAAUCGGGUUAUUGAACUAGACUAGCAUGUACAGUCUGAAAAGCAAAUAAAGCAAUCCUUUGUUUCCUAUGGGUAUGAUCGUUUUCCUUUAAUUUAAUUUAUCAAUUUGUUGGUACGUACUCAAUGCCCAUUAUGCUUCCUGGCAUGUAGGGCAGCAAAGAAGGAUUCUGGUCCUUCUUGACACUCCCCAGGUCAUAUUCAUUGGCUUCAUCUCCUGCUCAACAGUGCGAUGACAGGUGGUCUUGGGUCUUCCUUGUGUCCAAUACGGUGAUACUCUUGGAAUGCUUUUUGUCUCAGGAUAUGUCACAUCCGGUCCCAGCUCUGUUUGAGUGAAAUCUGCUGUAUGCUCUCCACCUUGCAUUUAUCAAGUAUAGCUAUAUUCAUUUGUCAUCGUUUGAACUUGCCAUUGAGGAUUAUAUGUAUGAUGACACUAAUAAUGGCUUUCAUUGUUUGUAUGUGAUUGGAAUUUCACAUACACUAUUAUGUAAUUUACAUACAUUCAAAUGAAGACAUGAUAGUGAAUCAAUGGUUAUUUUACCACAGUUUGAGGGUAAAAUAACUAAAUUGGAAUGGAUUGAUUCUGCCAUUGUUUAACUGAAUUUAUUAUGGUAAAACCACUUACAAGCCAUGAAUUUACUGUAAAAUUUAACUUCGUUCCUAAGUAUAAAAUCCUAGAUGUUUAUAUAUGAGAAUGGAUCUUUUAGUUAAAAUGUUUUUUGUUACCAUUUCUUGCAAAAUUUAACUUAUCGGUAGUCAGCUUUUACAUUGUUUAGCAUUACAUUAUUUUUCAUCCCCCUGCAUGUUUCUCUAAUGUUACUCUUGUCUUUUUUUCAAUUUUUGAACUUGUCUUCUACUUGAAACAUGAUUUGUUUUAUCAAAUAUCCUCUUAAUCGGCACAUUAUUCUAAAGGGUCAUUGACAGUUUGAUAGUAUUUUUUUAAUCUCCAUUAUUUGGAUUAAAUAUGUAGAGACGAAAACAAUAUUAUCCAAUUGAUCAAUCUUUUCCUUCGUUUGUCUUAAAAUUUUCUGUUUUAUAAAACGUGCUUUCUGUAUGUCAACUUUGAUGAGAUCCUUUGGAUAUUUCUGAAGGAUAAGCAUUGAUUCCAAUUCUCUCAAGACUGAGUUCAAAUGCAAAUAUUGAUGGGUGCCUGUAAUCUGUAUAUCUGUUUCUAGUAUACAUUUUUUUUCUUUGGAAGAAAAUAUCCAAGAUGUUACCUUAAAUUUUUGAGACACCUUGCAAAAAUACUAAAAUUUCUUUGAUCUCAAGUUUGUGUAGUUUAUCUAGUUGGUGUCAUUGUUUUUUUUUUGUCUAUUGUCGAACUCAUGGACUUUAUUCCACAUUGUCUGUGUUGGUUGUAAUAGUCUGGUUUCUGGGCAACGAUCGCAUAGUGUCAGUGUGAUGGAUUGUAUAACUUGUAUGAUGUCUGAUUUGUGGGCCUAUUUCAUUCAAAGUCUAUCUCAGCUUUAAUAUUUGAAUUUAGUGGGCUGAGCUCAUAGGUUGUCUUGGGCUGGUUGCCUUGUGGGCUAUCACAUUUUGAGCAAUUUGAUUUUUCAGCAUUACAAAUUUUUGUUGGCUUCAAAAGUUACACGUGAUUUGUGGGAUAAAAUAAAAGACAUGAAACAUGAGGCACAAACCCUCUUCACUUUCCAGAUUUAUAUUAAGAAGUAUGUGCUUUAAUCCCUUCCUAAGUUAUAAAUCAGUCUGGCUACCCGAUUUUAGAUACCUUCUACUUUGAAGACGUUUUACAUCUUUUGCAAACGAGAGAAAACAGACUAUUAUUUUAAUCAGUUCUAGAAAUAUCAGAGC